AUGCAUCAUCCAGUACAGCCACUGAAUGCCUCCCUCUUUAGUAGACCAGAGGCCCCAUCUAAACAGCCUUCCUGCAGCAGCUCCCCUCUCCAGGUGGCCAUACGGGAAUUCUGGACCAGUGUUAUUUCCUGGGACAUUGACACAGCUGCCAAGUUCAUUGGUGCUGGGGCUGCCACAGUUGGUGUGGCUGGAUCAAGGGCUGGCAUUGGAACAGUGUUUGGUAGCUUGAUUAUCGGCUAUGCCAGGAACCCGUCUCUCAAGCAACAGCUCUUCUCCUAUGCUAAUCUGGGGUUUGCCCUGUCUGAGGCCAUGGGGCUCUUCUGUCUGAUGGUUGCCUUUCUCAUCCUCUUUGCCAUGUGA